AAUACACAAACAAGAGGAGCGAGCAAGCAGACAUAAACACACACCGCGACCGCUGGAGAGGGGAAAAAUAAUUAAUUAAAAAACCCAACGACUAGAUAGAAUAUUAGCUACCGAUAAAUAUUCACUGGAGAACGACAUUACUCAAACAGACGGAAGAUACGAAUAUACAGCUACUCAGAAGAGAGCUUUGUAUGUAAUACCACGACUGAAAAUAAAAAAAAAAACAGCUAACGAUUGCAGAAAAAAGGAGUUCAGAGAGGAGGAGGGGAACUUCAAAGCGAGUGAAAAGGAGGACUCGGUCGAGCCGAAGUCUGCCCUGGAGUGAGAGGAAGAAGACAGGCGCAUAGAGGAGGAGAGACUCCAGUCUACUCACCUCCACUCUACCAUUUUAUUUUUUCUUUUUUACAUUUUUGGUUGAGUUUGAUUUGUUACCAUUAAUGAAACUAUAUUGUUGUUGUUGCUGUUGCUGUUAGUAUUAUUUUUCCUUUGGGAAUUCGGGAGGUGUGUUUCGGGGGCUUUUUUGUUUUGUUUUGGUUGGUUGUCUUGGCGGUGGGCAGCAACCCCUCCGGCCCCCCUCCACGCCCCCCUCCCUGAUACAGGCAGCUAUUCUUCCGCUAUCUGGGAGCCCAGUCCGAGAAGCACCACUCAGCCUUUAUACCCACGCCUGACCCAGUCCUAGCCUGGUCCAGCCUGGUCCAACCUGGUCCUCUUCCCUGGACAAGAAGUGCGGCGCCCAGUGGACGAGGGAAUAUGACUGCUGAGACACUUAACUUCGGCCCUGAAUGGCUCCGUGCACUAUCCAGUGGGGGGAGUGUGACCUCCCCGCCCCCCUCCCCCGCCAUGCCAAAGUACAAGCUGGCUGAGUACCGCUACGGCAGAGAGGAGAUGUUAGCACUUUAUAUCAAAGACAACAAGGUCCCAGAGGACAUGCAGGAUAAGGAGUUUGCUGCUAUUCUGCAGGAUGAGCCUCUGCAGCCACUGGCCCUGGUACCUCUGACUGAGGAGGAGCAGAGGAACUUCUCCAUGUCUGUGAACAGUGUGGCUGUGCUGAGGCUCAUGGGAAAAGGGGGUGGCGCCAUCCCUGCAGGUGUGGCUAGGGGCCGUGGCAGCACAAGAGGGGGCAGAGGGCGAGGGAGGGGAGACAGUGGGUUCUACCAAAGAAGUAUUGAAGAUGGAGAGGGUGGCUUUGGCCGCAGCGGCAGAGAGAUCCACCGCAGCCAGAGCUGGGAUGACAGAGGUGAGCGGCGUUUUGAGAAGCCGCUGCGGCGAGAUGGUGUGCGCGCAGGGUUGGAGGACGUGGGGCCCGCUGGGCGGGGCUACACACGCUCCGACAGCGAUAACUGGCGAACCCUGCGGGAGGAGCAAGAAGAGGAGGACGCGGCGGAGCCUGGCGGCAGCUGGAGAGUUGCAGGCGGACGACGAGACGACGGUGGUCCGCGGUCUGCAGGCUGGCGUGAGCAUGGUGGCUCUGAGGGGCGGAGGCGGAAGUUUGAGUUUGAUUUCCGGGAGCACCCUGAGGGGGGGCGCAGGCGAGCGGGCAGCGAGGGGCUGGAGGACGAUCGGGACGGGCUGCCGGAGUGGUGCACUGAUGAGGAGGACGGGGAGAUGGGCACCUUCGACUCCUCUGGGGCCUUCCUCCCCAUCAAGAAGGGCUCUAAGGAUCCCAUCCCAGAGGAGCAGGAGCUGGAAUUCCAGGGUCUGGAGGAAGAGGAGGAGGAGAGCAGCUGUGACCGAGAGAGGAAGGACAGCAGUGGGGAGAGAGAUGUGAAAGAUUCAGCAGCGGUCCCCGAGGACGAGGUGAAGACCACGGCCCCCUCCUCUCCCCCGGCCCUGUCUGCCACUCCCUCCUCCGUAUCGGAGCCCCAGCCUGCCCCCAGUGACCCGGAGGCCCCCCCAGCCCCUGCCCCCCACCCCCCCAAGGAGAGUCUGCCAGCAGGGGGCGCUGCUCAGCCGAGCCCUGGCCCAUCUUCCACCCUGUCUCCACCCCCUCCAUCCUCCUCUGCUGCUACUGCGCUCCCACCACCAGGGGGCGACACCGAGGACGAGGAGGGCAUGAAACACCUGCAACAGGAGGCGGAGAAGAUGGUGGCGUCUCUGCAGGACACGUCCCUGGAGGAGGAGUGUUUCACACAGACGCUGCAGGAGAGCCGCAACACAGCCGCCGCCCUUCCCCUCUCCCACGAAGCCGCCAUGAAGUGGUUCUACAAGGACCCGCAAGGAGAGAUACAGGGGCCCUUCACCACCCUGGAGAUGUCCGAGUGGUUCCAGGCGGGGUAUUUCACCAUGACCCUGCUGGUGAAGAGGGGGUGUGACGAGGGCUUCCAGCCCCUGGGCGAUGUCAUCAAGAUGUGGGGGCGUGUGCCUUUCGCCCCGGGCCCCUCGCCGCCACCCCUGCUGGGGAACAUGGACCAGGAGAGGCUGAAGAAGCAGCAGGAGCUGGCGGCCGCAGCAGCUCUUUACCAGCAGCUCCAGCAACAGCAGCUCUUCCAGCUCAUCAACAGGUGUGGGGAGCAGAGCAUGAUGCCUUCGAUGAACAGAUCGCUGUCAGUGCCAGAUACAGGGCCCAUGUGGGACAUGCAUACCUCAGCUUCACAGCAGCCAGGCAGUGAAGCCACUUUAUGGGACUUAACAAUGAAUUCUUCAACUCAGGGUCCAACUCUCGAACAGCUGCAGAAGCUCCAGGAGAGGCGAGACGCUGAACUCAGGGCGAAGCGUGAGGAGGAGGAGCGCAAGCGCAGAGAGGAGAAGAGGAGGCAGCAGGAGGAGCACAAGAGAAGGGAGGAGGAGGAGCUGUUCCGCCGCAAACAGUGCCGGCAGCAGCAGGAGCUGAUCAUGAAGCUGCUCCAGCAGAGCCAGCCCAACCCAGGGUGGAGCGGGGGGCCCAAGCCGGGCAAGGCCCUGAGCCUACUGGAGCUGCAGCAGGAGGCCGAGAGACAACUGCACAAGCAGCAGCAGCAACAGCAGCAGAGAGUGCAGCAACAGCAGAGAGACAGGCAUGGAAGCCUGUCGUUAGGAGGCUCUGGUGUAUCCUCACUGGGGGGCCAGUGGUGUGAGAGCGCUGGGGGGAUGUGGGGGGGUGGGGGCAUGGAGGGGAAGGCGGGGGGUGGCAGCACCGGGAUGGGCAUGUGGGACGAAGCAGUGAAGAACCAGAACAGCCUCCGCAACAUGGGCCUCAAGAACAGCCGCAGCAGCCCAUCCCUCAGUGAUCAGUACAUGCUGAACAGGCGCAAGCGCACUGAGGAAGAGGAGAAGCUGCUGAAGCUGCUACAGGGCAUGAAGCCGCAGGACGGGUUCACCACCUGGUGUGAGCAGAUGCUGCACGCACUCAACACCUCCGCCAACAACUCCUCCUCCUCGCUUGAUGUGGCCACCAUUGUGGCUUACCUGAAGGAGGUGGAGUCCCCCUAUGAGGUUCAUGACUUCAUCCGCUCCUACCUGGGGGACACCGUGGAAGCCAAAGAGUUCGCCAAACAGUUCCUGGAGCGACGUGCCAAACAGAAAGCCAACCACCAGAGGCAACAGCAGCAGCUAUCAAAGGAAGUAGCAGGCCUGACGAUGAACUUCCCUUUACAGGACUCGAUGCGGGGCCUCGGCUCCAGCGCCCUGCAGUCCAUGUUCCAGGCAGCCCAUGUGGGAAAGGGCGGGGUCUACGACGCCCAGGGGGGGAAGAUGAAGAAGAAACAGCCCAUGAUGCUGCACUCUGACCCCAGCAUCUUAGGAUACUCGUUCCACAGCGCUGGGGAGAGGCUGAGCCUGAGUGAGAUGGAGACAGUAGAGGAUUACUGAUCCACAGCAAUAGCUACCUGAGGCCUUUGUCUGAUAAUCAGACCUUCUGAUGACCAAUGUGCACUGCUGGAGGAGGGGAGUGGGCGGGGCCUGUCCCCGUGGGGGCGGAGGAGCCUUGAGGGAACUGGGGGUUGUCCUGGUCACAGAGGGUGGGUGGGGUGGAGGACAAUAGCCCCUCCCACUUCUCUUGGACAGGGCACGGUGAGGAAACUCCCAGAACGCAGGUGAGGGAGGGGUGGAAAGGUAUUCUCUGGCACUUAUUUCAGUAAGCACCUUAAACUAAAGCACUUUAUUACGGGGGGGUUUGAAUAGGGAUUUGUUCCAUUUUUUAGAACACAAAACCUGUGUAUAUGUACGUGUAUAUAUUCAUACAUCAUAUAUACACACAUAAACACACAGCCAGGAACUGGAAAGUUACAUUUCUGAAUCUA